CUGCUCGACGACAUCGACAACCUGCCCCUCGGACAUUCUAAGCCCACGCAGCAGUCAAGAUGCGGUACAUUCACUCCGAGGAAACGCUCCCGAUCCCCGAGAAUGUGAAGGUUCACAUUCGCUCGCGGGUCGUGACCGUUGAGGGUCCUCGAGGCAAGCUCACCAAGGACCUCUCCCACAUUGCCGUCACCUUCGGCCGCCCCAAGAAGGAUGUCAUCUCCAUUGAGAUGCACCACGGCUCUCGCAAGGGUGUCGCUACCCUCCGUACUGUCCGCACCCUCAUCAACAACCUCAUCAUCGGUGUCACCAAGGGCUUCAAGUACAAGAUGCGCUACGUCUACGCUCACUUUCCCAUCAACGUGAACAUUGAGAAGAACGCCGAGACUGGCCAGUACGAUGUUGAGAUCCGUAACUUCUUGGGUGAGAAGUACGUCCGCCGUGUCGUUUGCCAGCCCGGUGUCGAGAUCAUCGCUUCCCCCAAUGUCAAGGAUGAACUCCAGCUCUCCGGUAACUCCCUGGAGGCCGUUUCCCAGAGCGCCGCCGACAUCCAGCAGAUCUGCAGAGUCCGAAACAAGGAUAUCCGAAAGUUCCUUGACGGUCUGUACGUGUCUGAGAAGGGUAACAUUGUCGAGGAAUAAAUGUAAUGUCCGCUUGGUGGGUGGUUAGGGUGUCAUGGAGAUUCCUUUAAUUUCGCGAACAGCGGAACGAAAUCCAAAAAUUCAAGACAUGAAAU